AUGGACCGAUUCAGGCAAAACCCAAUGCGCUCUGUGAAUCUUGAGGAGUGGGACGAUCGUAACUACAGCCAUAUAUCAUUUCAAGAAUCCGCACCGGAUGCCAUCGAUGAGCCAUGGCCAUAUAGGUUUCAGCAUGGCGACUAUGUUUGGGUCCGCUCUAGAGGCUUGCGUUGGUAUCCGGGGCAGGUCCUUGGCCAGCCCAAAGCUGCUCGGACGAUCAAGGGUGACGGACUUUUUUGGCUUGUCGAUUACAGUAAUCAAGGUCAUCAAUUUCGCAGAUUUGUAGCACCUCUCGAUGGCGACUUGAAGCCUGAUACUCCUCAUACAAGGACAUUACUGAAGAAAGCAGGCUAUUGA